AUGCCGGGCAAUCCAAGAAGGACGGAAAGCAGGCCCAGUGGCAAAAAUCUAUCGUCGCCGUUCCCUUGCCGCCCUCGUCGUAGCAAGGUCGGUGGAGUGGUCGAAACUGGAGAGGAAAUGAUGCAGAGAUGGAACGAGAAUCCCCGGAGAAUUCGGCGGUGGAUCGGGAACCACCAGGAGAGCGUUCUCAGAAAGCACGUCGAGAACAAACCUCAGAACUUACACAAACGUCUCGCUCCGAAGCGCACCAAGCAAAUUCGAUCUAAGAACGCCCGCGAUAUGGCGAAGGCUCAUCAUCCGGAAUUGAAAGCGAAGUGGGUAGAUCUUCACCAGCAGUUCAAGGACGGCAUGAUUCCGAAAUCGGAGAUGCUCGCGGAAUACAACAAGGCCGUGACCGUUUUGCUUGAAGAUGAGCGUUGGAAAACUCAUUAUACUGCCAUGGCGAGUCGUCAGGAGCCGACCCAGAAACCCUCGGCCUCGGCCUCGACGGAGACGAACGCAUACAGUGUUUUUGCCUUGCCGCACAUCGUCCGGUCUAUUCCGUCGUUCUCCAUGUCUACGGCGACAGAAGCCAACACUAUGCAAGACCAACACAAUGAACCAGAAGCGCACUGGGAGUACGAACGACGAGGCGAAUUUGUCGAUUCUUAUCUUGGAAUCCAGCAAGGGGGCCCCAAUCUUGGAGAGUCCACCCUCAUCCCACCUCAAACCACCGGCGCCCGAUGGAGUACUAUCCCGAGCCGUUAUCGCCUCGCCAGGGCACCCCAGCCAACAUCGUAUGCGCUCCAGCAGACUCCGUUUCACGACGCAUCCUUGCAGCCCAUCGGAAUGGAUGUUGAUACAUCUUGUAACUACCCGAGCUAUUGGCCGUCAAAUUAUGCAACUACACCUCGAACCGUCGAAACAUUUCAGCUCCAUCAAACAUUCCCAGACCUCACGAACGGACAUGCGUACAACGCCAUUUCCUCGUCCAUGGCUCAUUCGCUCGGUAUCCAUCCUCCUCCUCCAACUCAGCCCUCCUGCGUGCAACCUUCUACAUAUACUGCACCUCCAUUGCCUGAAGUGGCCGUCAACUCGUGCGCGGACCAAAACGACCCGCCACAUACCAUCGUAUCUCACAUUUCGUCCUCCACCGAUAGCAGCUCUACCUCAUCCACCACCGCCGUUGCCACUCCUCGCGAUAGGUUCAAAGACUGGUCGCCUGCCGGUGACUGGCAUCUGCAGAAAGCGUUCCGUGGACAUACCGAUCUCGUAUUCGGCCUUGCAUUCUCCCACAAUGGGAAACUCCUCGCUUCUGGUUCAAGAGAUUGCACACUCAGAGUGUGGAACGUCGAGACCGGAGAGACCGUUCUUGGUCCACUGAAAGGCCACACUGGCGCGGUUUUCUGUGUUGCAUUCUCCCUAGAUGACCGACGUAUUGUCUCUGGCUCUCUCGAUUGUUCUUUCCGCAUUUGGGAUGUACAGACAGGCAAACAGCUGCUCGAGUCCGAAGAGCAUAAAACACCGGUCUGCUCUGUGGCGUUUUCAUCUGAUAGCAGCAGAGUCGCCUUCAGCGACGAUGACUUCCACAUCUUGAUAUGGGAUGUAGACUCGAAGCGUCGUAUUCGCUUGUUAAACCGCCCAGGACAUUUUACUUUUGACCUCCACUUCUCCGCCGAUGAUAGAUUCAUCGCAGCGAUCGGCAAUAAUAGCCUCAGCAUUUGGGAUCUGGACAGUGGAGAAUGGGUGCCGACUUCACGACAAGCAAGAUCUUUCGGCGAUCUUGUUUGGUUUGGAGAAAACACACUGUGCAUUCGUAUUGGUGGGGAGAUUCGCCGAUGGUUCGAUCGAGAGAGGAUAAUACUGGAUGGGAAUUUAGUCCUUUCACCUGACCGGAAAUGUAUUGCUGCUGGCAUCGAAAGUUUGAAUAUCUACCUGUACUCACGAGAUCCAUCUCCCGAAGAGCUGGCAUCAAUGGACGAUAUCGAAGACGAUUUCCUUCGAUUUAUACUUGUCGAAGAUGACCCGGAAACAGAUCCUGAGUCUGAUUUCGAGUCAGACUCUCAGUCCGAGUACGACGCAUGA